AAAGGUUUUCACCAAGUCUUUUAUUCUUAUUUAACAAACUUUUCACCAAGUCUUCACGCGUACACGUAUACAUUGAUUCUAAAUAAGAGAUUAUAAGAUGAAUAGAUGACAUUUGGAUAGAUCAAUCACAGUUAAGUGAGGUAUAAAUAACAUAUUAUGAAUUAAACAAUGACAUGUGUUUGCAUGUAUUAGUUCUAAAUGCAACUAUAUGAUCAUGAAUAGCUAGGUAGAAUGUAAGAGUAUGUGAUAUGUGAAUGAAUGAAUGGAAUCUUGACGAGUUGGUAAUUUGUUCAACAUAAUCAUGUUUUAUUUUAUAUAUAUAAUUUUCACUAUAAACAGUUAAUAUAAUCAUGAGUCAUUCAAUGGAUUUAUUAUACAUUUGAUCCAAUUACAUAAAACGAAAUAUUUUAGUAUUUUACCACCUCGAAAAGGUAAUAUUGUUUGAUGAUUCACCUACCUAUUAUUGAUAUAACUCUUCUUUUGUUCCACUAUAUAUACUCUUAGGAACUUGUCCAUAUAUACAAGGUAAGAAUAACACCAAUUAUUGUUACUAACAAUGGAAAAUUCACACUACACUCGUAGUGUCAUAUGGUUUGUCUUAAAACUAAUCAUGUUUCGAGAGACGUAAACGAAACUGUGAUAUGGCUAAAAGAGAGAAGUUGGAAGACGACAACUGAGAGAAAACAAUAUAUAUUUUGAUCGUUAGCUUUUUAAUUAGUUUAUUUUUCUUCUUAUUUUCUGGCUCUGUAAAUGAGAAAAUGCACCGUGUCCAUAUAUAUAGUGUAACAAUUAUGGUUUCUCAUUUUCAAAUUGUUAAUCAAAUAUUUUGUAAAUAUGUAUUUUAGAUGAUUAAAGGAAAAAAUAAUAUAUAUUAAACAAUAAUUUGAAAUUUGGAAGUUAAAACAAAUGUUUGUUCUCGUGUUGAUUGAUGAUUUGAUUAUUCUCCUAAUACAAAAAGUGACGUAAAGAUGAUCUCAUGUUAGCUUAAAUUGUAAUUGAACUUAUGUUUCUUAUAAUAUCGACAUUAUAGAUAUUAAUUGAAUUGCUUCGUAUUAUUAGUUUUGUUUACUUUUUUCAUAAAAAUCUUCUCUUGACAAGUGAUAUAUUUGUAAUUUAUUCGUUAUCUCUUGUAGUAUUCAUGCUUUUGUAGCUUCUGUCAGUCUAGAAUAUCUCUUUUCUUCGUUUGAUCUAUCUACCACCAAAUGAAAUUUAACUUUAGUCCUAGUGCACAGUACAAACAUCCCCAGUCGUAUUGAUUGAUAAACACCAACAUUUUGAUUUUUUCCUCCUAGAUCAAUCAGACAGCCACGUGGGCAGGUAGAAAUCGGAAUUAUUGCGAAAGUCAUCACUUUCAGAAAGACAAAAACACGUUGCAUUUUCUCAUUUACAUACCAUAAUUGAUUUAAUCUUCACUAAUCUCACGGUCGACCAUAAAUAUUUGAGUUGAUUUUCAUAAAUAUUUGAUUUAAUUACAUAAAUAUUUGAUUUGAAUAUUUUUUUUGUAAAAUAUGCUAAAACAUUUGAAUAAUAAAAAUAUAAUUUAUUUUAAUAUAUUAACACUGUGUUAUUUUUAUUACUUAUAAAUUCAAGACGCUCAAAGUAUAUAUUUAGCAUGAUUAGUUUUUAAAGCCUGAAAACAUUAUAUUGAAUGGGUAAAAAAUAACAAAGUUACAUUUUUAAAAUAAAAAAAAUAGGAAACAUGAGCAUGUGAAAAAUGAUGAAUCUAUCAGACUAUCACCAUAUCGUUUUAUAAAAUACGUUCAAGAAAACAUUGUUGUGCCCAAAAGUCAAUUAUGUAGUUCAAAAACAUUAUUAGAUCGUAACAUAAAACGCAACAUACUAUUCUAUGCUUUUAGUCUAAAACGCAUUAUCCGGCUAAUCUUACAAAUCAAGACAAGAAAACCAACUUAAUGUUAAGUAAUGCAUAACCGGACUUCGUUUGAUUCGAAGUUUCAAACCGAUAGCAACUUCCCAAAAUAACACUUUCUAAAUUAUAAAGUUUAGAUGUUUGUUCACAAGACUGUUGAGUCGUUUGAGAAAAAAAAACCUCCAAAAUUAGCAAACACGCAAAACCACUCAAGCUUCUUCAUUCUCAAUAAUAAAAGCGGAAUCUGUUUCUUUAUAGUUCUUUGUUUCUUCUUAGAAGUUGCAAAACCAAACGAAAGAAAAAAAAACACCAUCGGUCUUGAUUUUUAGAUGUUAAUGAUAAAUUAACAAGUAUCAUGGUUCGCUUGUGAAACACGCUAUUAAAGUUUCUUGCGUAGCAAGUCUUUAACAUGUCUGCAAGAAGAGUAGACAAUGGCAUAAUCACGGUGAUAGCCAUUGAUAAAGACAAGAACAGCCAACACGCUUUGAAAUGGGCGGUUGAGAACAUUCUUGUCGAUUCUCCACACUGUGUCCUUCUCCACGUUGAACCUAAAGGAAAUACAGGAGCACAUAUACAACGUGACAAUCAAGAUGAUUCGCAUCAGUUCUUUCUUCCUUUCAGAGGGUUCUGCUCUAGAAAAGGAAUUAUUCCCAAGGAGGUUCUUCUUAGAGAGAUUGACAUCUCUAAUGCUAUUGUCAGCUACAUCACCAACAAUUCCGUUUCAAAUAUCGUUGUUGGCGCAUCUUCUCACAAUGCCUUUUUCAAGAAGUUUAAGAGUCCAGAUGUUCCCACCACUUUGCUUAAAACGUCUCCAGAGACUUGCGCAGUCUUUGUUGUGUCAAAAGGUAAACUGCUAAAGAGCAAAUCCGCAAGUCAGGCUCUGAAGCAUCAUCCCGUACAACAAAGUCUCUCUACUUUGUUGUACAAUAACGAGCCAACCAGUUCCACCUAUUCCAGUGAUUCAGAGAGGGAAUCAUUUGUAUCUACACAACACAGCAAACCCAUGUCAGAUUUCUCCCAAACCAGUUCACCUCCUCGCAUCUCAUCAACGCAAACUCUGAGUGAGUUUUCACAGUCAGACACUGACACUGGAAGUUAUGGUAUGGUAUCAACUGUGACUUCUUACACUAUAUCUCAAAGUUCCACUAGCAACGGAAGCUCCAUCUCUUCAACAUCCACGGAGAGUCCACAUGCGGUAACUUUCAUGGAACAACAGAAUCAAAAUCUUGAAGCAGAAGUGAGGAGAUUGAGACAAGAACUGAAGCAGUAUAAUCCCUCAAACAACAAAGAAAGCUCUCAAGAACAUAAACUACCUAGAGCCAAAGGUGUUAGAAGAUUAGACCAAGCAAUAGAGAUGCCUAGAGCAUUGUCUGAGGAGAAUCAGAAAAGGCUUUCAGCAAUCCAAGCAGCUGAAAUAGCAAAACAAUUAGCAAAAAUGGAGAGCCAAAAGAGAAAGUUACUUGAGAUGCAAGCCAAGUUGGAGAUACAAAGAAUGGCAAGCAACGUCUCUUACAGACGUUACAGUAUCAAAGACGUUGAAGGUGCUACCAAUGGCUUCUCAGAUUCCUUAAAGAUCGGUGAAGGAGGGUAUGGACCUGUGUACAAGGCCGUCCUCGAUUACACUUCUGUCGCCAUUAAAAUCUUGAAUUCUGGUAUCACACAAGGCCUCAAACAGUUCCAACAAGAGGUUGAGGUUCUGAGUAGCAUGAGACACCCUAAUAUGGUGAUCCUCCUCGGUGCAUGUCCUGAGUACGGUUGUCUUGUGUACGAGUACAUGGAGAAUGGAACGCUUGAAGAUCGUCUCUUCUGUAAAGACGAUACGCCUCCGCUUUCGUGGAGAGCAAGGUUCAGAAUCGCUGCUGAGGUUGCCACAGGGCUUCUUUUCCUUCACCAUGCGAAACCUGAGCCGUUGGUUCAUCGUGAUCUAAAGCCGGCAAACAUUCUACUUGAUAGACAUUUCACUAGCAAGAUUAGUGACGUUGGUUUAGCUCGUUUAGUACCUUCCUCUGUGGCUGAUAGCUAUAGUAACUAUCACAUGACUUCUGCAGCUGGUACAUUCUGUUACAUCGACCCUGAGUACCAGCAAACCGGAAUGCUGGGAGUGAAAUCUGAUCUGUACUCUUUUGGUGUGGUGCUUUUGCAAAUGAUAACAGCCAUGCCAGCAAUGGGAUUAGGCCAUAAAGUAGAGAUGGCGGUUGAAAACAACAAGCUCAGUGAACUUUUCGAUCCAAAGGUAUCAGAAUGGCCUGAGGAAGAGACUCUGGGGUUGGCUAAAUUGGCUUUACAGUGCUGCGAGCUGAGGAAAAGAGACAGACCUGAUCUUGCUUCUGUAGUGUUACCGGCUCUGAACAGGCUAAGAGAGUUUGCAAGAGAGGAUCAUGAACGUAUCAAGGACAGAACAUCUCAUGUAUCACAAUCUAACUACUCGGAUCCGGUUCCUUCCUCUCAGGUUAGUUUUUUAGAACCGUUCUGCUACACAUCAGAACUAUUCGAGUAACAGAAUUUUUUAAAAAAACAUUGACGUAGAUUAGCAGGAAGCCAACUUUGGGAGUACCUGAGAUCCACGGCCAUCUUGAUCAGUUAAAGACGCGUCGUCAUUCAGUACCAAGAAGAAGCAGACGACCUCCAAGAUCAGAAAGAGGCAGCCAGUACAAAGGCAACCGUUGGUCUUUUAUGAGUUGUGCCCCUUCCAAAAGUUCAGUGGAGUGAUGAUCUCCCAUAACAUAUAACAUAUUUUUAUAGUCAUAAUAAGUCAUGUAAAACUAAACUCUUCUUAAAGAAGAUUUGUUUAUUAUUGGAAGUUCGUCUGACAGGAACAAUGAUUUUCUGUAAUAUUUUACUAAGCAACUGCAAAACAUUGAAAUUUGAAGACUUUUUGGAGUUUA